AUGGCAGCACACGGUUACUACGACACGGGCUACGGCAAUCACCCGCCCACAUACGACCAGGCCUUCCCUCCUACAGAUUCGGCCAAUCGCCGGUCUCCAGCUCCCAGCUACCCCGACCCCAGUGCUAAUCCCUACAUCUCCCCAAACGGCGCCGAUCCGUACGACCUCCGUCAUAGUCAACAAUCACUAGGUUCGGACCAGGGGCCGUACGUUGGUGGUGGCCGAUUAAACGAUCACGAUCAAUAUGCAGAGAAUAUUCCACUGAAAUCGCAGAAUCAAUACCAGAACGCUCCUCCAACGGGAGAUUGGAUGCAACAACCGACACACUACCCCCCGCCCGAGAUGAUCGAACCGCCAGCUCCACGAGGAGGAGGCAGGAAGAAGAAGAAGGGGUUCUUUAAGAAGAAGAUUCCUUGGGUCACGUAUACGCUUACGCUAGUGAUGAUCGUGGUCUUUAUCGUCGAGUUGGUCAAAAGCGCGCAAUUAACGGGGUCGCCGAUUCAAACCAAACCUCAAAUCAACCCGAUGAUCGGACCGUCGGCCUAUCUCCAAAUCAGCAUGGGUUCCCGGUACACGCCCUGUAUGAAGAACGUGGAUAAGGUGCAGAACGCGAAUGAACAAUUCAAGAUGCCGUGCCCCAACACCACGACCAACGAACUGGAUUGCUCCCUAUCGGAAUUGUGCAGCUUUAGCGGAGUCCCGAAUCCGACGCCGCAUGGAUCGCUCGACGCCAAUCCCGCCCCCAACCAGUGGUACCGAUUUAUUAUCCCCAUGUUCCUCCACAGCGGAUUCGUGCAUAUCGGCUUCAACCUGCUCGUUCAAAUGACCAUGGGCGUGGACAUGGAGAGAAUGAUCGGAUGGUGGCGAUAUGGUCUCGUCUAUAUUGCUAGCGGUAUUUGGGGGUUCGUGCUGGGCGGCAACUACUCGGCACCCUUUAUGAGCGCUUGUGGUUGCUCGGGAGCUCUCUUCGGUAUCCUUGCACUCUUCGUCCUGGACCUGCUUUACACCUGGAAUGAGCGGCAAUCCCCGUGGGUGGAGUUCAUUAUCAUGAUCCUCGGUGUGGGCAUCUCGUUUGUUUUGGGUCUGUUGCCCGGACUGGACAACUUCUCCCACAUUGGAGGUUUUAUUAUGGGACUGGCUCUCGGACUGUGCAUCAUGCGUUCUCCAAACGCACUCCGGGAGCGUAUCGGACUCGCUCGCAACCCCUACGUCGCCAUGAGCGGAGGUGCUGGCGCAGGACCGGAGCCGGAGAACAAGGUUACCAGCACCGGUCCCAGCUUUGCUAACUUCUUCAAGGGCAAGAAGGGUGGCUCGUCGGAGCCUUCCGGCCCUCUGGGCUUCUUCAAGGGCCGGAAGGCUUUGUGGUGGGCCUGGUGGCUGGUUCGAGCGGGCGCCUUGGUCGCCGUUCUCAUCGGAUUCAUCCUGUUGAUUGUGGACUUUUACAAGUACCACUCGUCGAACUGCUCGUGGUGCCACCGGUUGAGUUGCCUGCCGGUCAAGGACUGGUGCGAACAGGGCAUGAAACCCUAUGAGAUUAAGAAUGUGACGACCACCAACCAUAACUAA